CCAAAUAAGAGUAAUGUUUAUGGUGAUAGCAAGUUGGAACACCAAAAAUCUCAAAUGUUGUUGAAUCAAAAAAUAAAAAAAGUUCAAUUGUUUGAGAUUAACCUUUAUAAAAAUUUAGCCUCAACACCAUAG